AUGGGAAACGUGUACUUCGGGGUCGUCCUUGCCGUCCUGGCUUUGCUUAUCAUUGCCACCAACGCUCUUGUGGCUGUUGCAUUGGUACGGCUCAUCUGGAAGAGCGGCUGUCUCGGGCUGUGUUUUGUUUUAAAUCUUGCCGUCGCUGACGCUUUAGUUGGCUUCACCAUAACCGGGCUAGUUACAGAAGAGCUGGCGGGCCCCACACACCACACGCCCCGAAAUUACUGCAUCCUGCGCAUGGCCUGCAUCUCCUGCCCCUCGGCGGCUUCCAUCCUUACGGUCUUUCUGGUGGCCUUUGAUAGAUACCUGGCUAUUAAGCAUCCUUUCCGGUACUUCAAAAUUCUGCGCGGUCUAGUUGUCGGGGCUUGCAUCGGAGGACUCUGGCUCUUCGCCUUCUUGAUCGGCUUCCUCCCUUUGAUUGUUCGGAGAUUCCAGCUGAAGAGCUACCAAGAACCAUGUACCUUUUUUGGUGUCAUCCAGCCCACCUACACCCUCACUAUCUUUUGUGUGGCUUUCUUUCCAGUUUUGUUUGCUUUCAUCUACAUUCACUGCCACCUGUUGAAGAUCGCUUCUUCGCACGCCCAGCAGAUUCGGGAACGGGAACAAAUCCAUUCAUCGGGGACCUGCCCGGCCCCACAACCCUCUAGCGAUACCAAGGCCUUGCGCACUGUGGCCGUUCUAGUGGGGUGUUUUGCCCUCUCCUGGUCACCCUUCUUCAUCGGGAGCAUCGUGCAAGUUGUGUGUCGGCGCUGCGUCUUGCACCACCUCCUCGAGCACUAUCUGUGGGUGUUGGGCUUAUGCAACUCUCUCAUGAACCCCCUGGUCUAUGCCUACUGGCAGAAGGAAGUGCGCUUGCAGCUCUAUCAAAUGUGCUUGUGCAUGAAGAGCAAAGUUUUCCCCCUGUUCCACGUUGACAGUCGUCAUCAUGCUCCCAGUGGGAUUGUGGCCUCAAUUCACACCAUCUCACUGCCCAACCUCGAGGAGUGA